AUGGCGGCUUCUCUCCGUGUAUUGGCAAAAGGGAAAUUGUCGACCAUGCAACCUGCUUUGAGAGCGAUAAUCACUAGAACAAGCCCAGUGGUUCUUUCUAGAGGAAUCUCUGUAACAAGUGAGCUAAAUCUUAGAUUCUUGUAGUAAACUGUCUAGUGGGAAAUGAAAGAUAAGGAGUUGAUUCGCCUUGGCCUUGCAAAGCCGGGUGGUCAUAUUGCAUUGCUACGGUAUUGAUCUUUUUUUUUUUUCUAAGAAAGUAAACUGGUGGUACUCUAAGUACAACAAAAUUAAGUUCUUCCGAUAUUUUAAGUUUCAUUGCCGUCCCUUGGCGUAAAAGCGAUCGAUUUAUAAGUUGCCAUGCUUAAAAUAACGGUAAGCCAAAGUACAGUAUUUGUACAUGAAGGAAGUCAUGCGUAACUUCGUGUAGAUUUGUAAGCGGACGUAAUCUGAUAUAGAGUUGGUGAGAUUGCUAUUCUUAAAUUUGUGGCAAGAAAGCGAAAGAAACCUCAAUUUUAAUUUUUAAAAAAGACCAAAAUUGAAAAUGAACAUGAUCUGAAAACGCUCUGCGUUGAAGUUUUAGGUGCAAGUUUUGGUUGAUGCAUAAUUUGCACCUUUCUGUCAUGGGGAAGUUUAGCAACAAUCCUGGACAAAACUACUUGAGAAAAUGUUUUCAUUAAUGCACACUACCUAACGCAACAAAACUGUUUCCAAAUCAACGGCUUUGCGUAAAGAAUACCCCCUCCCCCAAUUCAAAGUUGCUUCCUAGAAAUGCUUAGGGAUCCGGCUUUCUUUAGAAGACCCAACAACAUUGCUUCCAGGGGGAGGGGGGGAGGGAAGAAUCGGUCGGCUACGAAGUUCAGAAAAAAUGCCCGCAAAUAUGCAAUUUUCUCAACAGUUUUGUCCAAGAUUGUAUGUAAGGUGAUUCGCGUUUUUAAGCAAGAAUAUUAAAAUGGACAAAACGAAAACCUACCAAUAAAAAGCACUUUACAGAAGCUGUUUUGAGCACAAAGUUUCACGGCACACCAUCUUCUCAUAGAAAAGUACCACCUCAUAUACGUUUUUUGCUGCACCCUCUUAAAACAGUAAGAUUUUGCAGUAUCCGUAGAACGCGUGCUCAAUGUUACAUGUUUUCAUGUUGUUUAAACCUGGCAGGCUUGGAAAGUCUGGAAAGUGAUUUAUAGUUUUCAGAAGAGUCGGAACAAGACUUGGAUGACGGUUUUCUUAGAAGAAAUGAAGUUCGUAGUGUUUAUUUAGUGGCGUAUAGUGAAGCCAAUAUGGAAACGUAUCCCGACACGUGGAAACCGCUUCUCAGAUCUUAAAAUUGGCUUAACUAUGAGGGUUACAGAAACCUCGUUCGCGACAAGUCGGUUAACUUUUUAUGAUAAUUCCAUGGAUAGAAUAAUAUUACGAUUAACAAAGCAUUGAAACGGUUAACACCAUUUCGUUUUGAAAAGUAAAUGAUCUUCUGAAUUCUUAUGAAACGUCCUUGUUAACCGUUGUUAACCGUUGCUAAUCUUGGUAGCACUUUAAAAAUGCCCUGUUAAUCGUUCCGAAUCUUAGAUAUUGUGGAGAGAAAGAGAUUAGAAGACAACUGUGGCAAUUUUUACUAUCUCUUGCUUUACAAAUGAUGAAUUUAUCUCAUAGUUUCUUCCAGUCAUAUGUAGCUAUAAAUAGCCCUAGGGCAAAACAUGCACUCUUACAGUCACACGAUAGUACAUCUUGUCACGUUACCGCGCGUGACAUUUCUAGAUUUCAUAGUGUGAUUUUUUGCACUGGACAUCGCUACAAUGUCAAAAAGUAAGCUUUCAAAUUGGGAGAGUAAAAAUACAAGUUUUGUUAAUAUUUAAUCCUGUCUCCAUUUGAUGCUGUUAUUAAUGGCAAGCGCUUGUUCAUUGACUUUGAUUGUUUUAUCUAUUUCGGCGAUGGGAAAAUUGUUCAAAGUAUGGGUCACGCGCUCUGAAAAUUCAGCAAAACUUUCAUGUGUUAUUUGUUGGUCGAAUCAUAGCGGUGAAAUUCCGUUUUGUGGCUAAUCUCCUUGACGGAGGCGUCCUUCUCGUCCGCCAAAAAGCGUAAUGUAUGCCUGCUCCUCUGCACUCAAAGCGGCGUAAAAAACCCUGCAUGGAAAAUGAAAUUCACAAGCGUUCACGAUUGGCUACUUGAAUCAAGAAAAGACAGACAAAUUGAUUUUCUUGUCAUCAACUCCUCUGUUGUGACUUAAUUGCCAUUAGUUAUCUACUUCUCUGUGAAAUGUACGAAAUAUAUGAAGAACAGAUUUAUGUCCCCAUGAUAAAUGCUCAAAAUCGACUUUUCGGUCAAAUACAAUCCUGGACAAAACUACUUGAGAAAAUGUUUUCAUUAAUGCACACUACCUAACGCAACAAAACUGUUUCCAAAUCAACGGCUUUGCGUAAAGAAUACCCCCUCCCCCAAUUCAAAGUUGCUUCCUAGAAAUGCUUAGGGAUCCGGCUUUCUUUAGAAGACCCAACAACAUUGCUUCCAGGGGGAGGGGGGGAGGGAAGAAUCGGUCGGCUACGAAGUUCAGAAAAAAUGCCCGCAAAUAUGCAAUUUUCUCAACAGUUUUGUCCAAGAUUGAAGAAGCCGAUCAGAAGCAGAAAGUAUAAACUUUGAUCAAGUUUUCGUGGAUAGGAAAGUUUAUGUUAAUAUUAAAAGGAAGUUUUUUACCUUGAAAGAUAGAACACCUUGAGUACUAGAAAUAUCACUGGAAUAUUUUUGUGCUAUUCAAGGAAAAAGCCAAUCAGGUGUGAAAAACAGCAAUGGUUGUUAGUUUGAGGUUUUGUUGCUUGCUUGAAUGUCCUUAUCUUUGUUGUGAUUGGUUACUUUGCAAUCAACAUUCCUGAAAUAUUAAAGAUGUUCACGGUUUCCUGAGGUUGAAAGUAAUAUUAAUUUAAACUUUAACAAUUAGUAUUUAUAAACUUUGGCCAGACAAGUAGCUCAAUUUGAUUGUCAUGAUCACAAUCAAGUUUCCUUGGAAACAUGUCCCAUGCAAUGUUUUGCUGUUCUCCUUUCAAAAUUGUAUCUCAGUUAUUAAUUUGGCUUGGUAUGUAAGCUUGAUCAGGAAGUUAAACUUUUCCUACUUCUUUUGGUCUUGUGCAUGUACAAUGAUUAAUAUUGGUACUCCUGCAAACUGCAAUAAUGUGCAAUUUACUGCGCUAAUGUUCCUUUAUUACACCUGUAAGAGAAUCAAUAACCUUGCCUUGAAAACAAAGCUGAAAUCUAACUUGUAAACGCUGAAAGAGUCCUUGGUCACCUACAGGAAUUUUCUGCUUAUGGGAAUGUAAAAAUAGACAGUUUGUGUGACAGUUGAAACAGGGUUUUGUGAAGGUGGCCAUAAGUAGAGCUGUUUGCUUAUGAAAUCAUCCAUUUAGAGAGCUUCCAGAACUGUAAAGAUGUUCAGGUAAAUUUCAUCAAAUCCUACUCGUUGGAGGCCUUCACUGUUCCUUGAUAACAUGGAACUUAUCUAGUCAUGACUUAUCUACAAAAAUCAAAGGGUACAUAUAUCUUCUCAAAGGGCAACUUCAACAUUCCUAGUGCCUGCAAAUAGCAGGAAAAUCUACCAGCAAUAUGUAUAUGCAUCUAUCUAUAAUAAAGCAGUGUUUGUGCCACAUAUAACAGGUACCAGACUUGGUCGUAUUCCCACUGAUGCAGAGCAAGCCACUGGUUUGGAGAGAAAGGAGUAUGAGGCUAUGGCAGCUGGGAUUGAGGUAAAAUAGUACUAAAUCAAAGUGAAUUAAUUAGUCUAAUUCAUCAGUAGAUUGAAAAUCAUAGAGCGUGAUCUUAAAAAAGGGGGUCACAGCAAAAGUGCUGCUUAUCUUGAGUCAUACUGGAAUGCUUUUCCUUUUGUUGAGUUAGUUAGCCUGAAUUAACCCAUUCACUCCUGGGACUUUUACGUGCGACAACCCCCCAAUUCCCUGGCAAUUUUCGGUAGAAAAUAAGCGUACGCGAGCGCCUAGAAUAAACCAUAUGUGCAGUAAAACCAGAGAUAAACUCUGGCUUUCAAACAAACUUUUUCUUUUAGAUGAGUUAAUGGGCAGCCAGGGGAAAAAGCUGUGGAAAGAGGCGAAAACAAUGAAUUUCAACAAAAUUUCUUCGCCGCGCGAUAAUUGCACUGAUAAAUCAACGGUGAAACGGGGAACAAAAACGCUCUUAAAGGAAUAAACACAGUUGAUAAAACAUGAACAACACUGUAAAGUCAUUUUACUGAAAGUUGUUUCGUUAAGUUCUCUUUCAGAUCAGUCCAGUUCAGAAGCACCGUAGAAAAAUGUAGUGAAACUUCGGUGAUGAUCACUUCACCAAAAGCGAUCUGAAGAGUUCCCUCAUCAUCAAGCAUGGGAAAGUUUAAUAAAACAAGGGAAUGCUGGACUUCAGCUUCCCACUCUUUCAUAUAUUUUUCGAUUCUUGAAUUUCAACAAUAAAAUAAAUGAUCACAUUCGCCAGAGAAGGUGGCAAAGCCGCAAUCUUUCAGGGAAGCAUAUUUGAUAUCCUGAACUGAAGUGCCUCCCUGAUCAUGUCGAUCAACAAAGUAAAGCACAAAAAAGUUAAAUGCCAAACUUGCUUUAUUAAUGCUUUAUCUACCAAUGCACAGAUCGAUAGGUGUUAAUCGUUAUACACAAAGAAAAUAAGCACACAAAAAGCAUCAUUUGGCAACUGUAAAUAAUUGAAUAAAAAGACGGUUACCGUUUAUUCUCCGUGAGCUUCCACGCGAUGUGAAGUAAAUUUUAUUCAUGGGGAUUGUCAAUCCAAAUCGAUCGUUGCACAUAAUCCGUUUCCUUGUUCAAACUUUUAACUCCACAAAAGCAUCACCUCCAGCAGUUCAAGAAACAGUUACAUUUAAAACAUUCGCUGCUAGGAACACGGUACUUGGAUGCAAGUAAAUGAAAUGAACAAGGUAAGUUUUCAUCGAUAGUCCAUGCGGUUUGUUUGCCUACGAAGCGCUCAGCAAUUUGAGGGCUAGGAUUGUCUUUUUCAGUCUUAAGAUCAUUUAACUCUCAAUCAGAAGGUUUUUCACAAGGUCUGUUCAACAACCCGAAGUGAUCAAGAGUGGAAUUAUCUCUAUAUUCACUCAAACGUGAUGCGAACUUUGAUUUGAAAUCGACACGGGCGGCCAUUACUCUCACGAAUUUCUUUUACUCGUGCUCUUCGAAAAACCAGUCCCUGUGGUGCUUCUCAUCAUCUGUCAAAAAAUGUGCAAAAGAUGGCAAAUGAUUGGUUUAUUAUCCAUCAAUCACUCUGUGAAAACAAAAGACAAAAAAACACCUGGGAGGAGAGGGGAAUGGACUGAAUCCAGCAGCCAUUUUUACGGGCAGUUACAGGCGGUUCAGGGAAUUCGGCGGUUGUCGUACACGGGCGGUUAUGGGCAGUUCACUGGCGAAUGGGUUAAUUAACUGUGUUUUCUUUGUUUUUAACUGUCAUUUAUGUCUUCCAACUUGUUCACCACUGCUUUAGUGUAGGUUGUGGCUUCAAAACUGUUGACAGUUAGUAAUUAUUUAACUAAGUCAAUAACCAUGUUGUUAAUAAUUUAUUGUAGGAUCCUUUCAACAUGAAGCCACAACGAGGUCCUCCAGGAACCAAAGACAACCCUACAGUAGUUCUGUCUAUAUAUGAUGAGAGAAUCAUCGGAUGUGUCUGUAAGUGUCCAUAAUUGGAAUAUUAAGUACAAAUUAAACUGAGUCUUCAAUUUUUACUCUUGAAAGUGGCACUUCCAGGGUAUCAUAAUUUAUUGUGCUAAGCAACGGUUGCCUCUUUGGCACUGACACCAUGUUGUUUAGUCAGUUUACACACAAGACUGGUAACUAGACUUGAAAUGUCCCAGGCGUUUCACCAUGUUCACAAAGUUCAAACUUGAAUCCUGUUAAAAUAUGCAUUCAGUGCCACUCUAAACUGGGAAAAGGAUGCUUCUCAAAUUUAUUUGAUGGUGCUUUAUAUUUUCAUUAGUACUUAUGGUAGGAGAUGAGGGUAGCCACCGAAAGAUGGCUAACUAGCUGGCAGUUUUGACUGUUACUGGCCUUUAUUAAUAGCCCUGUAAGUGUCCAUCCAAAAUGUCAAGACUUGUUAGCUGCUUAUAAGAGCCAGACACAUGAGUUCUCUGUCAUUAACAGGUCUGACAUGUUUACAGGGCUGUUUUAAGGGGCGUGGGAUGAGGAUUUCUGCCGGCUACUAGAAAUGUGGCCCUGGCUACUUUUGUAGGAAAGCAGAAGAAAAAUAGGCCUUCUGCAUUAGUUGAUCACGCGAUCAAUUUUCAGUAAACACAAAAACAGUUCACUUUUGAAAAAUUUGCUGGCACAGCCUGAAAGAGCAUGUUAAAAUUAGGUAACCUGUAAAUUUUCAGCCAUAUAUCUCAAAAGUAGUGAUUGCAACGGCUGCUGAAAAUUAGAAGGAUUUGUAUGAGGAAAACAACUAUUGCCACCCAGUCACGCUUGAGUGGUUUUCCAUACAACUCCCUGUAAAUUCUGAAAUUUUUAAACUGUUGUUAAAUCUUUUUCUUGUGCAUUUAAGGGUUCAAAGCGCCUGUUACGAAUUUUAAAGGAGAUUUGAGCCCCGUGAUGCUUAAGGAAACAUUUCAUGACAAGGACAGGCAAAAAACUUUCACUCUUCUGCUGAUCUGAGACGAGUAGAUUUUGGCCUCGGACAACUGAAACUCAUAAAGCACUCAUCCAACCAGACAAAAAUUUAUUGUGAGUCAAUAGCUUGCACAGAAUAAAGUACUGAAAAGUAACUUGAAUUGUCACAGCACUGCUCGAUUCAAAUCUUGGGGCCAGCUGGCCCUCAUGGUUUUAUUUUUGCUCGCCAGAACAAAGAAAGAAAAGAAUCGUAUGCUAAUCUGAUUUAUAUUUGCUCCAUUUCAUAUUGUGGGUCUCCAACUUCUUGUCAGACGUAGCAAUCGUUGUUUCGAUUAAGCAGCAUGCAAAGAAAGUAGUGUCCGAUAGCCCAAGGCUAGUGGAUUUUGCUGUCGGGCUUCUAAAUUCUGUUCUUAACUUGCCCGAAUGGGCAACUGCAAGUGAGGUUUUUCGGGGAAUUCAAAUUAUAGAAGAAUUGUAAUGAAUCCUGCUCAUCAAAAAAUUUUGGGCAGGUUGAAAUGAUUUUUGGGCUAGUACAUGUUAGCUACAGCUUGCAAGCUGUGAAACUGACUUUCUUUGCACCCUGGAUUAAGAAAACUGUGUUAAUUUUGGAAUUAAGAACUCUACUUCACGGUGAAUAUUUGUUCUGUCUACAAACUGUUACCAUUGUUUGAAAAGUGUUCCCCAGAAAUGGUUGAAGUCCCUUACAAGAGGUGGACAUCCACAAGAGCACUUUGACUGGGAGAGCCAAUGAAAAGUUGUGGAUUUUCUUCGUCAUUGCCCAUCAUGGCCACAACUUAGCCACAUAAUCAACCAGAAAUGUCAUAAUUAAUUGAUUAAAAUAUAACAAAUGUGAAUGCUACAUGAAGGUACAAUGUACAUGCUGUGUAUGUUUUGAUGAUAGGUGAACCAGAUGCAACUUCUAUUGCUUGGAGGAAGUUGAAGUUGAAUGAGCUGACACGUUGUGCUGAGUGUGGUGCCUUUUAUAUACUGAAGAAAGGAAAUCCUAUCAACAUUCCUCUUGAUGAACCGGAACACCAUUAACAACACAAGGCGCAUAAAAAAGUCUUGGAAUUGUAACAAGAACAAUUAGUAUGGUGUGUUUACGGAUUACUUUGUAAUAUUUUUGGCUUGUUUUGUGAUUUACCCAGUGAAACAAUGUAUUCAUGUAAGCUGUUAAAAGAGUUCUUGACUGCCAUUAAAUUUAAUUUUUCAACUU